UUCUGUUCAUCUUAUUAACUCUGAUAGAUGUUUGUUAUUUGCAAUUUAGGAUUCUUGCACUGCUCAUCAUACGUUACCCCAACACUUUUUCGAACCCCAAAUCUCUCUCUCUCAAAACACAUGAUCGCGGCCAAUUCUCCGCUCUAUUCCGCAAUCCCCGUCCUCCGUGCCGCCACCCCGACGCGAAAGCAUCGCUGUUUCGAGGCGCUGUGCUCCAGCAACCACCUGGGCUUUAGCUCCUCCAACCGUGGGCUGUGGAUCACUCGGACUCGGAUGGACUUGCUCCGCCGAUUUGUAGCCGGAGGAUGCUUCCGGGACCCCCUUCACCAGGGGAUUAAGGUGGAGAUCGACAGCGGCGGGGAAGAUGUCUUUGCCGCCAACCCCAAGGGCAGCGCCGCCCCGGAACAUCUUGUCAUUAUGGUCAAUGGGAUCAUCGGCAGUGCUUCAGACUGGAGAUACGCUGCUGAUCAGUUUGUGAAAAAGCUUCCUGAUAAAGUAAUUGUGCACCGUAGUGAAUGUAGCUCUUCAAGAUUGACAUUUGAUGGUGUUGACUUGAUGGGUGAGAGGCUAGCUGAAGAGAAAACUGCAAAGGUAUUAGCUGUCAUCAGAAAGAGGUCUGAGGUGUGGAAAAUAUCCUUUGUGGCUCAUUCCUUAGGUGGGUUGGUUGCAAGGUAUGCCAUCGGAAGGCUGUAUGCACCUUUUCCAAAAUCAGAACCGUCGUGUCAAAAUGGUAAUUGGGUAAUUGAUGGGCAUACAAAUAAUUUGACACAAUCCAUUGACCAACCUCACCAUGGUACAAUUGCUGGACUGGAAGCAAUGAACUUUAUAACGGUCGCAACACCACAUCUUGGUUCAUGGGGAAAUAAACAGCUCCCAUUUCUCUGUGGUCUUCCUUUUCUCGAGAGAAGAGCUUCUCAAACUGCACACUUUAUUGCUGGGAGAUCUGGGAAGCAUCUCUUCCUAACAGACGAUGAUGAUGGCAGACCUCCUCUUCUUGUUCGAAUGGUUAAUGACUGUGAUGACCUAAAAUUCAUAUCAGCAUUACGUGCAUUUAAAUGUCGUGUGGCAUAUGCUAAUGCAAAUUAUGAUUAUAUGGUUGGGUGGAGAACAUCAUCAAUCCGGCGUCAAUAUGAACUUCCAAAGUCCAACCUCCUUGUAACCGAUGAGAGAUAUCCACAUAUUGUAUAUAUCAAGCGAGAAACUUCUGAUCAUAUUCAUAUUAAAGCAUCGUCAAGUGCUCAAGACUUUAACAUAGACUUGGAAGAGGAGAUGAUUAGAGGUCUUACUCAGAUACCUUGGGAACGCGUGGAUGUUAGCUUUAAGAAAAGCACACAACGAUAUAUUGCUCAUAAUACCAUUCAGGUGAAGAGUUAUUGGUUCAAUUCUGAUGGUGCGGAUGUGGUUUUCCAUAUGAUAGAUUGCUUCCUUCUCUAAGUUGUGUGUAAGUUCGAUUUUUUUCCAAUAGAUGAUUCAGCAAUGGAUACGACUGCUACGUUAUUUAUCAAUUUUAAAGCUAAUUGUGUAAGGUCGUACUCAGUGCACAAGGCUCCCGCUUUACGCAGUGUCUGGGAGAGGUGAAUGUCGGCUAGCCUUACCCCCAUUUAUAGAGAGGCUGCUCCCAAUUUAAAGCUAAUUGUGUGCGGAUUAAAAUAAAAAGCUCAUCAUGUAUAUUGUCUCCUAUGAAGAUACUGUGAUGUAUAUUUGAUGUCAAAUGUAAAUGCAGAGAUGUGUAAUUUUUCGUUAUCGUUCCAAGCCAUUUCCCCGAA